AUGAACAAUCCAGGCCCCACCUCUCUCCCACCAACAACCAUCCACAGCUCUCAAAGCAUUAGCCAAUCUGCUGCGCAUGACUUCCUCGCUGCAUACCUUACUCGUGCAGCCACAGACCCAGCUCUGCAACCUAAUGCCAGCAUUAACGAGCAUGGCCCCAUCUCCCGUACCACCGCCGCAGCACCUAACCUCAUUCUCCACAAUCUGAAGCGUGUGCAAGCUGGUCUGGCUGGUGAAGUCCUGGGUCAAGAUUUGACUGUCGCGAAGUCGAACCCUGGUGAGGAGUACUUGGACGUUCCUGCUGCCAGUGGCGGUCAGACCGCAGAAGGCGAAGGAGAUAACGAUCUUGAGAUGAAGGAGCCCGGGUUUGAGACGGAGGCGGAAGCUUUUGAACAGCAAGAAUACUCGUCGGCCGCUGUUGAUAAGGAAGAGAGGAAGAAGUUGAAGAAACAGAGACGAGUUGCGGAGAAGAAGGCUAAGGCGCAGAAGGUGGAUGAGUCGGAUUGA